AUGGCAAAGCGUCCUAGAGCCACACAAGACAGCAAACCUGAAGGAGAGCCCAAAUUUUUGAAAAAUGACAAGGAAUACAAAAUGCUCAAUGAUUUGCAGAAUAAAGGGACACUUUAUGACAAAAUUUCAGCAAUAAUCAGGAAGAUCGAAAUCACUUACAGGCCAGAUAAAUUUUGCGAUUUUAAUUCGAUCGGAAUCUUGCUUGACAUGGCUAAAAAGAAAAGCAGGCAUCACAGUGAAGCUGCGGUUGAUGGUCUAAAAGAACUUUUCAUAGAAAAAUUGAGAAAGCCAAGGAAACCUGUAGAAAAUGAAGAAAGUGAGAAAGAAAAUGGAAAGGGAAAACAGAAAAAGAAAGAGGAAGGAAAGGGCAAAGACGUUGUGCAAGAAAAAAUAAUUGAGAAAUACAGAGAAUUUGUUGAAAUUUUGAAACAAAGCAGUACGGUGGAGCACUAUAGCCCAGCAGCGAUUUUUGAUCGCCCUGGGCUAGGAGAUGGCUUAGAAAAUCCCCAAUUCGGUUUUUCAACUCAAAUUGGCAAACGCAUCUUAUACGGAGCAUUUGCCAACUCCCCAAUCUGGUUUGUCAACUUGAGUUGAAAACCCAACUCGAGGAGUUUCUGAGUCUUCUUCUAACCCAGGGCGAUCAAAAAUAGCUCUUAGGCUAUACCAUAAGCAUAUGAUAAGAACUAUGAGUGAGUUGGUGAUUAUGAAAGAAGAGCUGAGAGAUAGACUUAUUGAAGAAAUCAUAAAUAAGCUUGGCGAUCCAAAUAAUGCCAUUCCUACCUGUGUAGUUCUCGAGUGCAACAAUAUAGUAAGAAGAAGGAGAUUCUUACUUGUUCCAGUUCUAAAGGCAAUUUCUCACUUCGUAUUUAGGAAAAAUCAAAGUGCAAAUGCAAAAUUUUAUUACAUUUUUACUCAACAGAGACAUAUUUUCUUUUAUUAAAAUUCAUAGUCCAUAUUUAAUGAAAUAUGCAUACUCCAUUGUUCUGAUCAACUCAAUUAAGCUAAAGCCAGGGGAGCAAGAAGCAGUGAAAAUAAUCAUCCAAACCUUAUUAAAAUUAUUUACUACUCUUGUAAAAGAAGCAAGGCAGCAAGGAAGCAAAGCCAUUGCAUUGCUGCUGAAGACAUUGAAUAAAACCUUCCCCUUGCACAGUGCUAAAGGCGCAGUCUAUCAAGAUUUCUUCAAAGCUGAAAUUGAUGAGCUUUAUAGCUUGACCCACCAUCAAGAGAACAUCAAUAUCCAAAUUGAGUCCUUAAGGUUUGUUUUUCAGAUGGAGCUUACUCAAGGCGCUAUUUCAGACAGAUAUUAUCGUGCUCUUUAUGAGCAUAUUUUACCACAUCCAAGGCUUCGCUCAAUCAACUACAAAUCUUUGACUCUUCUAUUUAACACAAUAAUGAUGAGUCUAAAAGAAGAUUUCAACCUUACAAGGGUCAAAGCCUUUUUAAAGAGACUAAUGCAGUGCUGCUUGAUUGCUGAUUCUCCAUUUAUUUUGGGAACACUUUUACUAGUAUAUGAAGUCAUGAAGAUUCAUCCUGGAACUUACACAAUGGUACAAGAAGCUAUUGUGCAGGAUGAGGAAGAAAAAUAUGAAGAUGCCCCUGAUUCUGAUGCAGAAGAAGAAAAAGUGGAAGAAGAGGAGAAAGCAGAAGAAGAAAACAAUGAAAAGCCUUCACUGUCAGGCUAUGACCCUAUAAAAAGAGAGCCAAAGUACUCUGGUGCUGAAUAUGCAAACUUUUUCGAGUUAAAGCAGCUUACCAAAAACCUCCACCCAACAAUUUCAAAAUGGGCCCAAAAAAUUUUAAAUAAUGAGCCUAUAGAAUACGAAGGCGACCCACUCCUAGAUUUUUCAUUAAUCAAUUUCCUUGACCGCUUCGCCUACAGAAACCCCAAAACCAGCAUAAUUAGCAAGCUGCAAGGAAAGAAGGUCAGAAUGAGUUUAGUUGAAGAAACAGUCAACUCCAAAAAUUUCAAGCUAAAAGGUGAAAACGAAGUGAGAGAAGAAGAAAAAUUCUUCCAUAAAUAUUUCAACAUGAAAAAAGAUGAGCCUGAGGAAGAAGAAGAAGACAUGGACGAAGACAUGAUCGGAGAAAAUGAUUCUGAUGUUAUGGACUUUGGAGAUCUAGAUAUGGGUGGCGAAGGAGAUUUUGGAGAAGAAGAAAUCGAAGAUGCAAGCAAAGGAAGAAAGAAGAUGAAGAGAAGUGUUUUCGCUGACGCCGACGAGUAUAACGAAAGAUAA